CGGCUGAGGGGAGAUAGGAGGAGGAGGCCGCGCUCCGACCCGCCGCCGUCCUUUUCCUGAACUUUUUGCCCCGCCAGCUUCGGGUCGACCGCCGCUAACGAGGCUUCUCGUCCCUUCACACGUUAAAUAUGAGGGGAGGAAAGGGGACAAAAUGGCCUCGGGGGAGCCUCCUGGAAAUAAGAGGAUACCUGCACCUUCAGGAGGGAGGAGGCGAGAGACCCGGAGGCGGGCGAGGAAGGAGAAGCCCCUAACCUUGAGGGGGCCAAAGGGCAGGGGAAGCCCGCGUGGUGGGAGCAGUAGCAUGUUCUUUGCUCAGCAAUGCUUCAGCUACCUUGGCACUAGAACAUCACUACUGAAGAUUACUUACCCUUUGAGAUACUUCAGGGUUUCAUCCUCUCCUACCAUGACCUUCAAGCACAAAAAUGCAAAACGAAUUGAAGGGCUGGAUAGCAAUGUGUGGGUGGAAUUUACAAAAGUUGCUGCAGAUCCCUCAAUCGUUAAUCUGGGACAAGGACUUCCAGAUAUAUCUCCUCCUAACUAUGUUAAAGAAGCAUUAGCCAAAGCAUCCUCUGUGGAUAUGCUGAACCAGUACACCCGGGGUUUUGGACAUCCUUCGUUGGUGAAAGUCUUGUCCCAAGUGUAUGAAAAAGUUUGUGGAAGAAAGAUUGAUCCAUACACUGAUAUCCUGGUGACAAUAGGGGGAUAUGGAUCUCUGUUCAGUGCAGUGCAGGGACUCAUUGAAGUAGAAGAUGAAGUGAUAAUAAUAGAACCCUUCUUUGACUGUUAUGAGCCAAUGGUGAGGAUGGCAGGAGCCAAGCCUGUUUUUAUACCCUUGAGAUAUAGACCUGCAGCCGGAGAGACUGCCUCUAGUGCGGACUGGGUCUUGGAUCCUGCUGAACUUGCAAGUAAAUUUAAUUGCAAGACGAAAGCUAUUAUAUUGAAUAACCCUCACAAUCCUAUAGGAAAGGUCUAUACGAAAGAAGAGCUCCAGAUGAUUGCUGAUCUCUGUAUUAAAUAUGACACCCUGUGCAUCAGUGAUGAAGUAUACGAAUGGCUGGUAUACACUGGCAAUAAACACAUUAAGAUAGCUACUUUGCCUGGAAUGUGGGAAAGAACAGUAACUGUAGGAAGUGCUGGAAAAACAUACAGUGUAACUGGCUGGAAGCUUGGCUGGUCUGUUGGUCCCCAACAUCUGAUAAAGCAUUUGCAGGUGGUUCAACAAAAUACACUCUAUACAUGCCCAACUCCAUUACAGGAAGCUGUGGCACAAGCCUUUUUGAUAGACUUGAAGCGCAUGGAUGACCCAGAGUGCUACUUCUAUUCUUUGCCUAGAGAGCUGGAAGACAAACGAAACCGAAUGGCUCACAUGCUCCUGGGAGUUGGGCUGAAACCUGUUGUUCCAGAGGGAGGAUACUUUAUGAUUGUUGACGUGUCUACAUUAAAUGUAGAUCUGUCUGACAUGGAAAAAGAUAAACCUUAUGAUUAUAAAUUUGUGAAAUGGAUGAUAAAAUCUAAGAAACUGUCAGCUAUUCCUCUCACCUCCUUCUGCGGCCCUGAGACCAAAGAACAGUUUGAAAAGUACAUACGGUUUUGCUUCAUCAAAAAAGACAGCACCUUGGAUGCAGCAGAAGUGAUCCUGAAGAACUGGAAGAAAGAUUGACCCAGAACUUAACCUCUUCUGCCAUUUCUAGAAAUAUAUGCUCAGUCAUAAAUUUAUAACUAGACCAAGAAUGUCACAUUUCAGGUUACCCUUUCUAAAUUACACUGUGCUGCCAUCUGCUGGAUAUUUAAUAUUAAUAAUGUGAGCCAACAUACUGGUUUUGACCUUGUAAAAAUUAUAGUCUGUUUUCCAAAAUAUUCAGUGGAAACCUUUUCCAGCAAUCUUCUUUUCUUCUUUUCUAAACACACUGAAGUAAAAUUUGUGCAGGCUACAUCCACCAGAGCCCUGUUCUGUGACCUACUUUAUACUUGUACAAAUUAUUAAUGCAUUUAUUGCACCGCUUUGGUUUAUUUUUGUCAAACAGCAGCCUUUCUGCAAUCCAGACAAAAUUCUGUAUGAGGACAUUGAGUGUGGAUUUGUGGGCAGGGUCCUUGCUUUACAUGGCUUGGCCAGCCAAGGGCAUAGCAUAGUAGCAGAGGAAAGGCAGCACAGAUGGGCAUGGGAGCUAGGCGUUGGAACAAGCAGUCUUUUCAUUCAGUUCUAUUGCUCAUGAUUAAGUGUGUGUGUGCCAACACACACACACACAGACAGACAGACA